CUUUUUAUUUUAUUUUUUUUUGGGGGGGGGGGGGGUAUGCAUGUUGGUGCAGUGGUUAGCACCCUUGCAUCCCAGCAAGCAGCCCCCAGACCAAGUCAUGACUUGGGAACCUUCGAAAACUGGUUUAGAAAUAUGAAUGAAUGGAGAAAAAGAAAAGAAGGUCUUGAUUUUCUCUGGUGUUUUUUUUUUCUUGGAUGUAAAUCAUUUGUGCAAUCAGUGAGGAGUGAAAACAGGUUUGCAUCAUUACUUCUGCUGCCGCUGCACCUUCUGUCAAUGUGGCUUCACCAAAUCAUCCUUGGUUUCUGAGUCCACGGACAUAAAAUAUAUUUAGUUUGUCAGGUCUUGUUAAUUGCAAGUAAAUAAUGUAUCUGUUGAUUUUUUUUAUUAUUAAAUAAAAUCCUAAAAGAAUUCUGGUUGUCCUGUACUUAUUGGAGCAGGUGUUGUUCUUCAGAGGUGAGUUUGUGUGAGGACAUUCCUCCACCAAAGCCGCCGCCUUUUUUUAAAAAUAAAAAAUUUGAUCCAUCUUAUUCAGCAUCAAACUUUUGCUCAUCUCCAGUGUGGUUGUUUCUAUUCCCAUGAUUUUUUUUUGUAUUGGCUUCACCUAACAAAAUUUUUUUUAAUCUUUUUUAAUUUAUAGGUUGUUUUUUUUUUUUUUAUCUAACUUCCUGUUCAACCCAAAUGAAUCUGCUGCCAAAUUCAUUAGAAAUGGUAGGAAAAGGAAAACCGACUGAUAUGAAGAGAUGUACUUUGGUUCUGUUUGCACAGGAAGUACUACUAGAACACUUUUUUUUUUUGAACUACCAGAUUGAUAUCUGCCGUUUACUAGAAAUCUUUCUACAAACUUUCUUUUUGGAUGUGUGAAGUAUUAUUAUGAGUAAUUCUCAAGAAAUGUUUUUUAUUUUUUUUAGAAAGGAAACCUCCCCUACAGAAGUUAUUCUCAGAGUUUCCUGUUGCGGUGGUGACAUGGAUGUGUUGCAAGGUGUUAACCUGAUGACCCGAUCAUCAUCAUCAUCAUCAUCAUCUUCAGAGGAUAUAGCUGAAAUGGUGGUAGGCCAAGUUAUCUUCCAUCUUCCACGCCUCCUCGCUGAGGUGCACGUACAGAAAAAUGAUCCUUCCUGACUGACGUGACAGUAAGACUCUGCCUGCUUUGACUUUGAUCAUGCACUCCAUCACAGACGUUUGCAGGUCGUUUCAGUCUGGUUUGUGCCUUGGUGGUGGUUCUGACCCAAGGCUCGGCUGCAGGAUCGGGGCUGAAGAAACGGGCUUCUGGGCCAGCGUGCAGACCUAAAGAACUGAUUCUCGUUACAAACAUGGAGCUUGAAUCCUGUUUGACCAGUUUUGAAGAUGUCAAUGGAAAGCACUUUGGCACCUGGUCUCCUGGCUUUCCUGAGCUGAAGGUCCACCAGAGCACCGUCCUGGAUGGGCCAAAGGUCCAGUGCAGCCUCUCCGUCGUCGCUCAGGGCCUGGAGGCAAUCUCAGAGCAGCAGAAAAUGUUGUACCGAAACGGGAACCUGUUAAAGAGACGACUCCAAGAAACGACGCGGAGGGUGGAGCUGCUUGGGUUGUGUCUGAAGCACGUUCUUGGAGGGGAAUGCUCCCCAAAACCGUCCCUGCCAGGGAUGCCCAAGUACCUGUUUGAGAGGAAACAGUGGGGACACGCUCUGCUGACGUCGGCCAAAGAUUACACCGGCUGGUUGUACAAGAAGUUUCUGAUCCAAGUUUUAAAGGUUCAGCAACCAAGUAGGAUCAAGCAGAAGGCACCAAGGGCAGUACUUCAAAAAUACGAACUGGGAGGUAAAUAUCUGCUGUGAAUCCGUUCCUCCUGCAGAGGCGGUUCCAACUUUGAGGGCUUUACAGAUUUGAAUCUUUUUUACUCUAGCAUUAGACUGCCUGUGAACUUUUAUAGCAAUACUUACUGACUGUAAAGUGGAUUAGAAUAUAGAAAAUAUUUACAUGCAAUAUCAUUCAAAUUGAAUCCAGAGAGUGUCAUCCCCAAAUGCCAUAUCAUGGUUUUAGUUUUAUGCUAGACCGCCUAUAGCAUUCUGGUUUGUUGCAUCAGUCAUCAAAGGUUGUAAACGUAUGAAACCUUCUGCUGCAAAGCAAAACCAUAAAUGUCUCUGUUGUAUUAAACUUGAUGACCACAUCCUCCCAUGUGACUGUAAUUAAUCAAGUUGCCAAAGGAUGCAGAUGAGAAGAGCCUCUUAAUGCAUUUUCUAAUUACAAGAGUUUGUUUUUCCAGCCUUCACCGUGAUUAAUUGUUUUUGCUCCGACCACCGGUUCCCUCCCCUCCAUGAGCAGGCUGCAGGGUUGAACCUUUAAAGAAAUUUGCUGCCAGAUGGAUGUGACUGACAGGUCCCCCCCCCACCCACACCCUAUGAAAUAAAACAAGAAGGCAGAGCUAAAGUUUGGGCAAAUACAGAUUUUUUUUCACCUUUUUAAAUAAGUCUUAAAUUUCUAAAUGUGUCCUGUGAUUAAACUAUUUUUUUUUUAACUUUCAUUGACAUCACUUAUCUAGCUUAUCUGCAAAUAUGUAUACUAACAUUUUAUUUUUUUAAACCACGAUUGAAUUGAAGUCCCACAGCAUUCCCAGACGGCAAGGUCCAGAUUGUUUUCACAAUUCUUUAUUUCUAUGGCUUAGAGAAAAUUUUUUGCCCCUUCCGCAGACUCAAAAACGCAGCAAAUCUUGUACCCGCCUAGAUUCCGGUGAAAAGGAAUUUCUGGCCUGGAGAGCGACACACAUCCUCCCAGAAGAAAAAGAAAAAUCAGUGAGUGGAACGGUUUAAAAAAAAAAUAAAUAAAUAAAAAGCCAAAAUCUCUUACGGGGCAAAAUACGCACACGUCAAGGGUAUCCAAAUGAAGUUUUAAGACUAUUAUUGGAUGAUCACAUCAAAUUGAAUGUUUUUUUUUUUUUUUUGCAUUUUUCCACAACAUAAACUACUUUCUUAGAAGGCUGGAAGAGCUUUAGGGUCCUAUUCUCACACACAGCAGCUCUGCUGCCGAACGCCGGCGCCGACAAUUGGGCCUGCGAUCUUCCAAUCAGAGGUCGACCGCUCCACGUCUAAACCACAGUUGCCCCCAAUAUGGGGGGAAAAAACAAACUUUUGUUCAAGCAAUCUUUCUGAAAUUUCGCGCACGCCACCUGGUUGCUUUGAAGUUGCUUUGACCUUCGACCUCAGGAAGAGGCCAUACUCUUGACUUUCCCCCCCCCAAAAAAAAAACUUUUAGAACCUUCAAUCCUUCGCCUGUUGGAAUUUAAGUUUGUAGAUUUUGAACGCGUUUAUCGUGGCGAGCCCACAAUAGUGGCGUUCCCCUGCUACUGCUAUGUUUUUACAAGUUUAACAAAACAAUACAACACAAGAUAUAAAUGUAUUAUAAAUGUGGGCAUGAACCAAAAAAAAAAAAA